UCCAGACGUAAACUUAAAAAAAAAAAACGAUUUCCGGUGUUCCCCUGACAAGUGACAGACGUCAAAGGGAAACGUCAAAUUAUUUCCGAAAGGUUUUGUGCAGCUUUGUAAUACGGGUCAGGAAUUAAGUCACUUUAACAAAUCCAAAAUGCCUCGAUUUCACAAAGUAGAAAUCAACAAAACGGAAUGGAUCGUGCCAGAACGGUACCAAAUGCUAACGCCUGUGGGUUCCGGUGCUUACGGUCAGGUUUGUUCUGCAUUUGAUACCUUGCAUAGCAUGAAAGUUGCCAUCAAGAAGUUGGCAAGACCCUUUCAAUCAGCUGUACAUGCUAAAAGGACUUACCGUGAGCUUCGUAUGCUUAAACAUAUGAACCAUGAGAAUAUUAUUGGUCUUCUUGAUGUAUUUAGCCCAGAGAAGACCUUAGAAGAAUUCCAGCAAGUUUACUUGGUGACCCAUUUGAUGGGAGCCGAUUUAAACAAUAUAAUUCGAACACAAAAACUUUCUGAUGAUCAUGUACAGUUUUUGGUUUAUCAAAUAUUACGUGGCUUAAAGUAUAUCCAUUCUGCUGGAAUCAUUCAUCGGGAUUUGAAACCUUCAAACAUAGCAGUCAAUGAAGAUUGUGAACUGAGAAUCUUAGAUUUUGGUCUAGCACGUCCUACAGAAACUGAAAUGACUGGAUAUGUUGCUACCAGAUGGUAUAGAGCCCCUGAGAUAAUGUUGAACUGGAUGCACUACAAUCAGACGGUAGACAUCUGGUCCGUUGGCUGCAUCAUGGCUGAGCUGCUGACUGGCAGGACUCUGUUUCCUGGUUCUGACCAUAUUGAUCAUCUUACAAGGAUUUUAUUUUUGUGCGGAAAACCUGACCAAGAAACUAUCGAUAAAAUAAUUAGUGAAGAGGCGCGGAACUACAUCCAGUCGCUGCCGACGCUGAAGCGGCGCGACUUCCGCGAGGUGUUCCGCGGCGCCAACCCGCUCGCCGUCAACCUGCUGGAGCUUAUGCUGGAGCUCGACGCUGACAAGCGCAUAACGGCGGAGCAGGCGCUCGCGCACGAGUACCUGGCGCAGUACGCGGACCCCACGGACGAGCCCGACUCCGUGCCCUACGACCAGAGCUUCGAGGACAUGGACCUGCCCGUCGACAAGUGGAAGGAACUUGUAUGGAAGGAAGUUGUUGAAUUCAAGCCUCAUCCUCAGCACAUGAACACUGUAGUAGAAGUCAACCAGUCGUAAUUUCAAAAUGUAUUCGUCGAGUAUUUUGUUUGUGUAUUAUUAUGCUUAUUUUAAAACGGACCUAUCAGUAAAUCGGCGCAUAUUUUUUCUAUCUGCACAUUUCAAAAUACAGUACACCCCAAACUUCAAAAGUUAUUUACGUAAAGUGUAGACACGAUACGUAAUAUUUAAUGGGGGUUUCUUUAGAAACAUUGCUGGUCAGUGUUUUUUAUUUGGUCGUGAAAUCUUUGUGCCGAUUUAUUCUAAGGUCCGAUGGAGUGCUGAUCCCUUACCAUAAUACAAUUACCUGACUAAGAAAAUCAAUCAUAAUUAUUAUACAUACAUAUUGUCAUUUUAUACCGUAACGACAGUCAAUGUAAAAUUUUAUAAACAGUUUUAUUUUGUACAAAUUAAU